AGAAAAGAGAGCAAGAUUUUAUCUUAAAAUAAAACAGUACUAUAGCAACAAUGCUCUCAUCAUUGUACAGUGGGGGAGGAAAAAAUAGUCAAACAAAGGUUGUAAUAUCAUUAUCGUUGUUGCUAAUAAUGAUCCUCAGUUUGAUGAGUGUGACCAUUUCCAUGGAUCACCUCCAAGCUAUUUGUAGCUCCACACCCUACCCAGAUCUAUGCUACAACAGACUAGCACCGGCCAUUCUUGUCCCACCACCAAUAAGAGAUAGUAAUGACUUUUAUGGACAACUGCAAGAGGUCUACAAGUUGUCCAUAGAAGUCGCAGUCAACGAGUUGUUGACCGCCUCAAAUGAGUUGCUCAAACUAGAAUUACGCCUCGAAAAAGUGUCCAGUCAACGAAAGUCAAUUACUGCACUCAAAUUGUGUCGUGAGCUCCUCUCCGUCAACGCGCUUACCAACCUUCGGCAUUCUUUGGCCGUGCCGGUACCAUCACCGUCAAAAGACAAUCAAAGUACGACGCCCGAAACGUUUGAGGAUCUCAAAACAUUCCUCACCGCCGCCGGAACCUACCACCGCACAUGCAUUGACGCCGUCGACGAUGUUAGUAACGGUGACACGGCCUUGAGAAAUGUGGUUUUGCGAGUAAUCACGAACUCCUCGGAGCUUACCAGCAAUAGCUUAGCCAUUUUGCAUGACUUUGAGGUUUAUGCUGAAUUGACCAAUGGUAUGAUGAUGAGUAGGUCAAAUGAUGAGGCUCCAUUAGUGUACCAAAGUAGCUAUGAUCAAUUGACUUAUGAUGCGGUGGUGGCGAAAGACGGGUCAGGAAAUUUCACCACAAUAGGAGAUGCUCUUAAUGCUGCUCCAAGUAACAGUGAGAAGAGGUUUGUGAUAUACGUGAAAGAAGGAGUUUACAAUGAGAUUGUCAAAGUUGAUAUUGAUAAGGUCAACGUUAUGAUGGUGGGAGACGGGAUGGGUGCUACAAUUGUUACCGGAAACCUCAAUGCCGGUAACGGAACCCCAACGUAUUAUUCUGCAACAUUCACUGUGUCUGGGGCAGGGUUUGUAGCAAGAGACAUGGGAUUUGAGAACACAGCAGGGGCAGCGAUGGAGCAAGCCGUGGCAUUGAUGGCAAACGCAGACAAAGGAAUCUUCCUCAGAUGCAGAAUCGCGGGAUACCAAGACACGCUCCUGGCGCAAGCCUACCGCCAGCUCUUCUACGACUGCCACGUCUACGGAACCGUUGACUUUAUAUUCGGCUACUCCGCCGCCGUCUUCCACAACUGCCGCAUCCUCGCCCGGAAGCCCCUAACGGGUCAGCAGAAUGUUAUCACGGCCCAGGGGAAAUACGAGCCAAUGGCCAAGUCCGGCUUCUCUUUUAUCAACUGCUCCGUUGCACCGGCUGACGGUGAGGAUCUUACCGGAGUCUCCACGUUCUUGGGCCGGCCCUGGAAGGACUAUUCCACCGCUGUGUUUUCCUACACUCUAAUGGAGAGUCUCAUUGAUCCCAAAGGUUGGGUGGCGUAUUCCGGCGACACAGCUCCGGACACCAUUUUUUACGGUGAGCAUGUUAACACCGGCGCCGGUGCCAAGAUCACGCAAAGGGUCCCUUGGAAGGGAUUGCAUGCAAGGCUCGGAACAUCCCAUGCAAACAAGUUUAGCGUCAACACCUUUAUUCAGGGUUGUGAUUGGGUUGUAGGGCUCGGCAUUCCUUGUACAUGAUAUAUAUACUUUAAAUUCACGCAAAUAUAAUUAAGCUCUACUUCAAAAAAAAAUUAUAAAUUGUUUUUAAC